GGCGGCGGCGGCGGUGGCCGAGGAGGAGGAGGAGGAGGCGGCGGCGGCGGGGCUGUGAGGGAGCCGCCCCGGGGCCUGAGCCUCGGCGCCGGGCUGCGUUGGGGCCGGGCAGGGCCGGGCUGGGCAUGGCGGGCCGCGGCCGCCGCGCCUGGCUCAGCGUCCUCCUGGGGCUGGUGCUGGGCUUCGUGCUCGCCUCGCGGCUCGUCCUGCCCCGAGCCUCCGAGCUGGCGGCGGCGGCGCGGCCCCGCCGAGCCCGCCCGGUGGGCUGCCGCCCGCCGCCCCCCGCCGCCGCUGCUGCUGCCGCUGCUGCAGCCGCCGCCGCCGCCCAGCCGCGCCGCCCCGGCCCGCAGGCACGGAGCUUCCUCUUCGUGGGGGUCAUGACGGCGCAGAAGUACCUGAGGAGCCGCGCCGUGGCCGCCCACCGAACCUGGUCCAAAACCAUUCCUGGCAAGGUCGAGUUCUUCUCCAGCGAGGGUUCGGACACCUCCAUUCCCAUCCCCAUCGUGCCGCUUCCAGGGGUGGAUGACUCUUACCCACCCCAGAAGAAAUCGUUCAUGAUGCUCAAAUACAUGCAUGACCACUACUUGGACAAAUACGAAUGGUUCAUGAGAGCCGACGACGACGUUUACAUCAAAGGGGACAAACUGGAGAACUUCCUGAGGAGUCUGAACAGCAGCGAGCCCCUCUUUCUCGGGCAGACCGGCCUGGGCACCACGGAGGAGAUGGGGAAGCUGGCGCUGGAGCCGGGCGAGAACUUCUGCAUGGGGGGCCCCGGGGUGAUCAUGAGCCGGGAGGUGCUGCGCAGGAUGGUGCCCCACAUUGGCGAGUGCCUGCGGGAGAUGUACACCACCCACGAGGACGUGGAGGUGGGGAGAUGCGUGCGGAGGUUCGCGGGAGUGCAGUGCGUUUGGUCCUACGAGAUGCAGCAGCUGUUUUACGAAAAUUAUGAGCAGAACAAAAAGGGCUAUAUCAGAGACCUGAGGAACAGCAAAAUCCACAGGGCUAUCACGCUGCACCCCAACAAGAACCCCCCGUACCAGUACCGACUUCACAGCUACAUGCUGAGCCGCAAGAUAGCAGAGCUGCGCCACCGCACCGUGCAGCUGCACCGAGAGAUUGUCCUGAUGAGCAAGUACAGCAACACAGAAGUCCACAAAGACGACCUGCAGCUGGGGAUGCCGCCCUCCUUCAUGCGGUUCCAGCCCCGCCACCGGGAGGAAAUCUUGGAGUGGGAGUUCCUUACGGGCAAGUAUUUGUACUCGGGUGCCGACGGGCAGCCCCCUCGCAGAGGAAUGGACUCUUCGCAGCGGGAAGCGCUGGACGACAUCGUUAUGCAGGUCAUGGAAAUGAUCAACGCGAACGCCAAGACCCGGGGGAGGAUCAUAGAUUUCAAGGAAAUCCAGUAUGGCUAUCGCAGGGUGAAUCCCAUGUACGGGGCAGAGUACGUGCUGGACUUGUUGCUCCUGUACAAAAAGCACAAGGGGAAGAAGAUGACUGUCCCCGUCAGGAGGCACGCGUACCUGCAGCAGACCUUCAGCAAGAUCCAGUUCAUGGAGCACGAAGAGAUGGACGCCAAAGAGCUGGCCAGCAAAAUUAACCAGGAUUCCGGAUCCUUGUCCUUCCUCUCCAACUCGCUGAAGAUGUUUGUUCCAUUCCAGCUCAGCAGAUCAAAAGUGGAGAGGAAGGAGCUCAAAGACCAGAAGAUCAACAUCCUGAUUCCCCUCUCCGGACGUUUUGACAUGUUCGCGAGGUUCAUGGGGAAUUUUGAGAAGACGUGCCUCAUUCCAAACCAGAACGUCAAGCUGGUCGUCCUGCUCUUCAAUUCCAACUCCAACCCCGACAAAGCAAAACAAAUCGACCUGAUGAGAGAUUACCGCUCCAAAUACCCCAAGGCCGACAUGCAGGUUUUACCGGUGUCUGGGGAGUUCUCGAGGGCACUGGCUCUGGAAGUCGGAUCCUCUCAGUUCCAGAACGAGUCUUUACUUUUCUUCUGUGAUGUUGACUUAGUGUUUACCACAGAAUUCCUCCAGAGGUGUCGAGCCAACACAGUUUUGGGUCAACAAGUAUACUUUCCCAUCAUUUUUAGCCAGUACGAUCCAAAGAUUGUUUAUAGUGGAAAGGUUCCUAGUGACAAUCAUUUUGCCUUCACCCAGAAAACAGGUUUCUGGAGGAACUAUGGCUUUGGUAUUACCUGUAUUUACAAAGGUGACCUUCUUCGAGCCGGCGGCUUUGAUGUCUCCAUCCAGGGCUGGGGCCUUGAAGACGUAGACCUGUUUAACAAAGUCAUUCAAGCUGGCUUAAAAACUUUCCGAAGCCAAGAAAUUGGAGUAGUCCAUGUGCAUCACCCUGUUUUUUGUGACCCCAACCUUGAUCCAAAACAAUAUAAAAUGUGCUUGGGGUCCAAAGCUUCGACGUAUGGAUCCACGCAGCAGCUGGCUGAAAUAUGGUUUGAAAAAAAUGACCCGAGUUUUGGGAAAAGCAGCAAUACUAAUGGCUCAGUGAGGACAGCCUAAUGUCCAGCUAUGCUGGAAAAGACUUUUUUUUUAAUUAUCUAAUUUAUUUUUGGGAAAAUGUUUUUUGAUAAUUCACUUUUAAAAGACCACACAGGAUAUAUUUUAGAAAUCAUCGUUGUUUUCUUACAAAGUGCUCAUUUUGAGAAGAACAAGGCCGUUGGUUUUUUUGUUGUCGUUGUUGUUGUGUUUUUGUUUUUGAACAAAACUGUGAUCAAUAUUUGCCUUCAGACAAACAAACAAAACAUGUUUAAGAAUUAUCUGACCGAUCUGCGGAAGCCUGACUUGAAUUAGAAUUUCCUUAUGAACAAAAUAUUGUUUCCUACCUUUUCCAUUGCUGUCUUCGUUGCUAGGAUUCUGUAAAUUGGGACCUGAGCGUUCAAGCAGAGCGACAAAACGCUGUAUCUAAAAGCUGUUGAGACUGCUACAGUGCACAGAUUCUGCUUUUUUUUUGUUAAGGAUAGCCAUUAUUUUUAAAAUUGUGUUGGAACAAAAUGAAUCAGUGUGGCGUUGGUAGGGGUGUUCGUUGCAGGAGUUUUUUCAAAUGGCUGAUUAUUUCAGUUUAAAAUACACUUCCACUUGUUAUGGCCAGGCAACUUGAAGGGAGGGGAGAAAGUAAGCACAACCUGCAAUGAGAUGAGUCCUCGUAGAAAUUUUUGUCUUUUAUACUUGGUCUGUGUAUGGAUCCAAUGUUGGAAGAAUCCGUGGUGGAUUCUGUAUAUUAUCCUCAACCGCUGUCCUGUCUGGAGCUGAGGCCGUGUGAUAGAGAAAGGCUGAAGCAUAAAUGAAUGAAAUAAAUCAAAUGAGAAUCUCUCGCAGAAAAGCGACAGUACACACCGAAAAAUUAGAACUCCCUAACGAGGACUUUGAAAAAACUUCCAUACAAAGUGUACUGCACCUGAUUGCAUCGAUUUUGUUCGGUUACGUAAUGUUAAUGGGAACAAUUAUUACAUUUGAUUACUAGUUUUGUUUUGUUUGGUUUUGUUUUCUGUAUCUGAUAGACCUUUAAUUUAUUUAAUAUCCAUUGUUUUAGGUUCUUGACCUUUCCUUGAAUAUCUGUUAGUCAUUUUAAUAUUUUAUAUAUAUAUAUAUGUGUGUGUAAAUAUAUAUAUAUAUAUUAGGAAUGUAUUGCAUCUUCUCACUGAUAAGGUAGUGUACAUCAUAUUUGCAGCAAAUGAUCUCCAAAGAUUACUUUCUAAAAUAUUUUUUCAUGGAUCUUUUUUUUCCCAAAUUUCUUUAACAUUUUUGGAAUGACUUACGAAAGCUUAGGAAUUUUUUUGGUAUUCUAAGAGGAAUCGGGGAUGGGGAGGCUGAAUACAAGGAAAGUGUGAUCCCUGUGAAUUAACACCUAGCAAAGUUAGAGAAAAUAUACAAAAUAAAGUGCCUUAAAGCCAGAAAGGGAACCCUUUAUACUGAGACUUAAGCAGUGAAUGGACGUUGUCGUUGAAGCAGAUGAUCUGUCGGGACCUACCUACCUGUAAAUAUCUUGCUCAGCAGAAACAAAAAAUAAAAACCAGCGAACAAUAUAUUUUUCUAUCGUAUCCUCCAGCACCAUUUUGUCUCGUUGCUCUCAGUUCCACUUUGCCUACUCUUUGGGAAGUGGAGAAUGGCGAAAGAAAGGAGAAAAACCGAUGCUUAGGUUGUUGCCACGUCUGAGGGGAUCUUAUGGAGUAAUUGCUAUUCCAGUAGAAAAAAAAAAUAACCAUUGUUUACACAUGUAUGGAAUAUGAACUGCAACUAGCGUAGAGUCGAUGUCUUAUAAUGUUCAUCGUUUUUUGGUGACAGUCCCAAGGAUGUAGGUACUUGGAUGGAUUCAGUGCAUGGAAUUUUUUUUUUUUUAAGACUUGCUUCUAAGAUGCAAUAAAGAUUUUUUAUUUGCAA